AUGCGCCGCGCCGCCCCCGCAGCAUCCAAGGCCCAGGCGAAGGAUCGGCGCGUGGAUGACAGCUGCUCGGACUCGGACAUCCAGGGCCAGCCCGGUGCUUCUGCGCCCCGCGCCGCGCCAGGGCCAGCAGGGUCGGUCCACCUGUACAAACCCUGCGAGUCCAUCGAGAUGAGAUUCCCUGGGCUGAAGGGGGUCGCGCUCCAGGAUGCCGUGUUCAACGUCUACACCGUCCCCGGCAAGCGCGGGAUCACUGUCGUGCAGGAGUACGCCGAGAAGGUCGCCGAGUUCGGGAACGUCCCAGGCGUGCGCGGGGAACCGUGGUGCACUCUCCACACGUCUGGCGAGUUCCCGCUGCAGAUGCUCACGUACGGCACGCUCACGCGGGCCUUCUACCUCGCCGUCGACAUGGAGCGCAAGGCCAACGAGUUCGAGGAUGUGCCAGGCCCGGACAAUGACUACAUCGUAAAUCCCUGCAUCAAGUUGAGCUUGCAGAAGGGGCUGCCGAAUGUCACUUGCUUCAAUGCGGAGACUCCGCGCGACGUUGUUGACUGGCUAGUGAACUGGCGUAACCAUUGGCACUCAGGAUCAAGUUUCACGGUGAUCCAGCUGUUCGACUGGUGCAAAAAGCUCAACACUGACUUCAAGGCGACCAAGUUGACCGACACGCCGUACGCUUCUUUGUGGGAGUAUGCCUCCGCCAAGUACGCCACUACUGCGACACGCAGGUUCAGCAGCGAGAACGAGAUCAAGGCACUCUUGGGCACGCUGAAGCGCCACCAGCUGCUCACUUGGACCGUGGAGUUUCUGGGUAAGUACUGCAAGUUCACGGAAGAGCGCUUCUCCAACGCCGCAGUGGUGUUCAAUCUUCACGCCGUGUCGGUCGCAUUGUUCAGUUCCGAGGUCCGCAGCGGGUUGUCCAUGGAGCUCAUUGCGGAGAUCUGGGAGGUGGCGGUGGAAUUCAUAGUUCCGACAGCAGGGCUGCCCGGGCGGUCCAAGCCGUGGCUCUUCGAUGAAUCGCAGAUCGACAUGUGUAAGUGGCUCUCUGUGGACAUCGAGUGUGGCGUGUCAUACAGGAGAGCCAAGCAGCUCGCGGAGAAGACCCAGCUUGCCGCUGAAACUGCCAAGGUCGACGCCCAGAAGGCAGCCGUGAAUGCCGCCGAACUCGAGGCGCAGGGCGAGAAUCCACCGCCUGCCAAGAAGCCCAAGGUUGCCCCUGCUGGCAGGCCGCCAGUGGAGUCGCUCACAGACCUUGAGAUGCAGAAGAUCUGGGUGGUCGACGCCGCCCUGUGCCUCAUCUCGGCCAUGUCUGACGCCGAUCUCGACGACGAUGGGAAGUGGACGAUUUUCCGUUCGCUGAUGUCCAUGGGGCUGGAGUUCUGUUGGGCCAAGGUCGUCCAGCUUGGUCAGGUUAAGUACACGAAGUGGUCCGAGCUCAGAUGUAAGCUGCGCGACGUCGCUGCUUCCUCUGCGUACAAUCUCCAGCUUGGCAACUCGUCUACGACGACGGCGUCCGACGUGCUCGAGUGGGAUGCCGAAAAGGACGGGCAGAGCGCGCCCGAGCCUCAGCCAUCGGCCACAUGUGACGAGUCCACCGCCCUCAUGCGCCUGGAGUCCGCGAUCGCUGCAGCAGGCGCUGAGCUCGAUCGUUUCCUGAUGGCGAACAAGCUGACCGCGCCGGCCAAGCUGCACCCAGCGUACAGGUCCAUCAACAAGCGGAUGUUCGAUCUUCUUGGCGAGUCCCAGGGGCAGCUUCUCGCCGACAAGUCACGGUCGGAUGAUGCUGGUCCGUUCGUUGCGCACCUUUUCGGCCUGGUGAAAGAUAUCUUGAUGGCUGAGAUCUCGGAGGCCAUGCUUGGUAUCGGGCAGCUUGCCGUCAGGUACGUGCGCCAGACGUCUCAACUGCCCGGCGUGGUCAUGAAGUACUCCAAGGACACGCCCACGCUGAUCACGUUCGCGCGUCUCAGGGCAACGUGCGCCAAGCUUCUCUUGACUGACGUCUUGGACGUGCAGGAGAUGUUUCACGAUGCCACAGGCAUGGGAGGUGCGGCCCAGGGGACUGCUCCCACUAUCAAGCUGGAGGUCUUGAAGGGCCGCCUUGAGAACUUGGACGGCCUGCGCGACGUGGACCCCGUCUUGCCCUACAGCGACUGGGCGUCGGUGUAUACAGAGUACCUGGUCGCUCUCUACAUCGGCGCCGACCCCGACACUACCUUGCGCGGGCUCGUGGAGUCGCGCAGGGUGCCCGGUACUCCCACGUCAUCUGUGCCGUCUCCGUCGGGCGAGUCGUCGCAGGCGCCGACGUUUCUGGCGCAGACGCAGCAGCAGCCGCAGUCCUUCCAUGUCGUGCAGCAGCAGAUGACCACCGAGCAGCCGCAGCACCCGCUGGCGAUGCUGCAGGGCGUGUACGC